GAGCGUGGAACAGAUGCUUGGAAUGGUAUUGGGAUCCAAUUACUGCACUUUUCCAACCUUACAUCUAUUGUCUAAACUUGGAACAGGCAUAUUUUUAUUCCUUGGUGACAGUAUAUAAAGAGACAAUUGGCAUUGUGUUUGCUGGCUGACUAGUUGGCAGAGAAGGGGUGGAAGAAGCAGCAGCAGUAUGGCUCCAAAAAAGGCAAAGAAGAAGAUAGAAGGUGGUUCCAAUGUAUUCUCUAUGUUUGAACAAACCCAGAUCCAGGAGUUCAAAGAGGCUUUUACCAUCAUGGAUCAGAACAGGGAUGGCUUUAUUGACAAAGCAGACUUGAGAGACACCUUUGCUGCACUAGGUCGUCUGAAUGUCAAGAAUGAAGAGCUUGAAGACAUGGUGAAGGAGGCGCCAGGUCCUAUUAACUUCACUGUCUUUCUUACUAUGUUUGGGGAAAAGCUGAAAGGCACGGACCCAGAAGAAACCAUUCUGAACGCUUUUAAGAUUUUCGACCCAGAAGGAAAAGGCCACAUAAAGGCAGACUACAUCAAAGAAAUGCUUAUGACACAGGCAGACCGGUUCAGUCAAGAAGAGAUCAACCAGAUGUUUGCUGCUUUCCCUCCAGAUGUCUCUGGUAAUCUUGACUAUAAGAACCUCUGUUAUGUUAUCACCCAUGGUGAAGAGAAAGACUAAGAGGAAAGAGAUGAGCUUCUCCUGUGAUGAUGCACCAAGUUAUUUCAUAAUGCUUUUGUGUGCAAGACAAAGGGCUAAACAUUCAGUAUGGGAAGAAGCCAUGUGGUCAUCAGAAGAGAACCAAUAAAACAAUUGAAAUUAGAUUAAAGUUAUUUAAUGCUCCUGUUUUUAUAAGAGAUGAAAAUACCAAUUUUGUGAGUUUUUUCCUUUUUUUUUUUUCUUCCCGUCAGUGGUUUGAAAUGGAAUUUUCUUGAUGAACUGGUGCUUUCGUGAUUUAUUGAUAGUCCUAAUGUUCACCAGAUGGCCCACUGGGCACUACAGUGUUGCUUAACCUCUUGUCUUUUAUACAUAAGCUCCAUGUGCUAAUUGAGAAAUCCCAUAACUUAUUGCACCAGGAAGAGUAUUUGGUAAAUAGACUUCUGUCCCAUUGC